AAAGGAGAGUGGAAAAGUACGAGCUGUCACCGAGCAGAAGCGGGGGAUGGAAGCAUGUAAAUAUAAUAAUAAGCCAAAAAGUGUGCCUGACAAGCCAGUUGCAACUCCAGGUACUAAAUUUGUGAAGAAAAGUUCCUACAGAGCUGCUGUGAGUCUUCUGGGUGUGCUGUGUCUUCUUCUCCUCACUGGACUCAUAAUUCUGGCGUUUCUUUUCAUCAAAGACAAAUUUCAAAUGGAAGAGGAGGUGGGCAACCUGAAAACAGAACGUGACCAGUUACAGAAAAGAGUUGAAGAAUUGACCAAAGAGAAAGAGAUGAUCUUCAGACAAAGUUUCAUGUGUAACUGGGUGAAUGUUAGCGGUAGUUUCUAUUUCACGUCUUCAGAGAAGAAAUCCUGGCAAGAAAGCAGACAAGACUGUGUUCAAAGAGGUGCCGACCUGGUGAUUAUCAGCAGCCAGGAAGAACAGAACUUUGUGAACACGUUCAAGAAGCGUCUGUGGAUUGGACUGACUGACUCAGAGACAGAGGGGACAUGGAAAUGGGUGGAUGGGACUCCAAUGAACACAAGCUACUGGAAUCGUGGUGAACCAAAUGGUGACAAAAAGGAAAAUUGUGGACAUAUAGAUACUUACAACUCAGAAAACAGCUGGAAUGAUGCACCGUGUUCAAUUUUACACUUCUGGAUAUGUGAGAAGAGAUAUUCUCCAUAAAUUAAAAUCCAAGUCCAUCAACCCAUAUGGAAAAGAUAU